CUUUGUGAAGUCCCAAGGUCUACUGCUCAAAACUAGAGUACGAGUGCAGCGAGCUUAUUGAUAGCGUUAAGGCUGGAUUGACUACUGGUGACGCAACUAGUGUGGGGUAUAUCCUGCACUAAUGGAGGUCUUUUACAUGGGACAGCUCCAGUCAUAUCUUCGAUAAACAUUUUUGUUCAAGACCGAAUAGAAGCCACGUUCAUAUGGCAAAAGUGAGCCGUUUCGCCAAAAUGUCCUCUGGCUUACUCCCCCUUCGACCACCAGGUCUGGCGCGAGAUGCGCCGGUUACAACAAUGCCGACCUUGAUCUAUGGAACAGCUUGGAAAAAGGACCGCACAGCAGAGCUUGUGUACACAGCUUUGAAAGCGGGGUUUAGAGCCGUGGACACUGCCGCGCAGCCCAAACAUUAUCGUGAGGAUCUUGUCGGCGACGGAGUAAGGCGAGCACUAGAGGAAGGCAUUGCGAAACGAGAAGAGCUUUACAUACAAAGCAAAUUUACCUCAGUGCAAGGGCAGGAUCCCAAGAAUAUGCCUUAUUCUGCAAACAUGAACAUUAGCGACCAAGUUCACACCUCAAUAAAAUCGUCGCUUCACAAUUUCAAAACAUCUAGUAGCAGCGACAGUGACUACAUUGACACACUCGUUUUUCAUUCGCCUUUACCUACCAUUGAACAAACAAUUCAAGCCUGGAAGACCGCGGAGAGCUACGUCCUGAACGGCCAGAUUCGAAAUCUGGGCAUCUCAAAUUGCUCCAUUUCCGUAUUGGAGGCGCUGUAUAAAUCACCAGAGGUCACAGUGAAGCCCGCCGUAGUGCAGAACCGAUUCUACCAAGAUACAGGAUUCGACGUGGAGCUACGCGCAUUCGCUCGCGACCACGAUAUCAUCUACCAAUCUUUCUGGACUUUGACGGCCAAUCCAUUUCUUCUUGAAAGCGACCCGGUGGAGAAACUGUCGAGCACUGCUGGAAUUGGCCUCGCCCCGGCACUGUAUGCUCUCGUACUGAGUCUUGGAAAAACAUCGAUACUUGAUGGUACUACCAAAGAACAGCACAUGGCAGAUGACCUGGCCGCGCUGAGCGUGGUGGACGAAUUCGCAGCGCAGCACCCUGGUGAGUGGACUGCAGUAGUGGACGGGUUUAAGCGGCUGAUUGGAGAGAAAGGAUGACCAUCUGUCGUAUAUAGUGUAGUAGUACUUAGCAACAGUGUAAUAAUAGCAACAAUAAAAGACAGGCAGCCCGGCCACGUGACCA